UGCAUUGCUAUUUCAGUUUGAAUAUCAUUGAACAUGCAAGCAAGCAAACUACAAAAACACGUGUGAAUAACAAAGGCAAAAAGUUUUUACCCAUGCCACGUUUUGAAACAUUUAACUGGGAGACCCGCAUAGUUUGGCAUCAGAUCAUCGGAGAAACACGCAUAUGUUUAGAGUCAACUUACAGCAUUCCUACUCUGUUUUCCUGAGAGACACCAUGUUUGGACAUUUUCUGGUUGCUGCGUUGGCGUUGUCUUAUCGUUUUGGCAGUGGAUCAGGAAACCCACCGCCAGGAGGCGCUCGAGUCUUGCACUUCCCUGAGCCAGAUAGCACCCUAUCAUGGUCACUACUACACACAAGUACCCCUGAUUUAAACGCUUUCACAGCUUGUAUAUGGAUCAAAACCAUCCGCACCACAAGUGGCCCCAUUCUGUCCUACGGUUCUAAGAGUUGUCGCCAGUGUAUCGAACUUGGAUACAGCCCCUUUGGUCACGGCUACUCGGUUGUUUUGAAGGACGUUAGCAUACUGGAUAGAGCCUCUCGUGCUGAAGCUCCCCUACCGGCCGAUGGAAACUGGCACCACUGGUGUGUGGUGUGGAGUGGUGCCAAGAGGGAGGUUAAUAUCUACAGGGAUGGUUUCCACACGCUGAGUCGCCCUGUGAAUGUUUCACUAAUACCUGGAGGUGGAAAAUGGGUCGUUGGACAUACCCAUUACGAGGCAACACCUGAUUGUCCUCCAAAGCAUCCAUCAUUUGUAGGGUUCGUCGGCGGCGUCAACGUCUGGGACCAUGAUAAAGUCGACAUCCCCGGCCUGGCAAUAUGUGCCAAUACUAACGAGGGGAGUCUCAUUUCCUGGGACACUGUCACCAAGACCAACUUCAAAGUCGCAACAUAUAAGGAGUAUUGUUAAAAUGUUACCACUUUCAAUCCUUUCCUUAACGAAAGACUGGAUUGUUGUCAAUUAGUAUUUGGUGCAAAAUAGUUUUCUUGGACACUGUUGUUUCUGCCAAUGCUCUCUCGAGGUAGCGUCCCCUAUACAUCAAAAUAUGAGCAAGACUACUUCCUUUGCCUUUGAAAUUUUUUCUGUUACUUACGAUUAACUUACCUUGUGUAAUUGUAUUCGUGUCGGCUUGCCUUUGUAACCACAAAGGAUUAAUAACAGUGGCAAGAUUAAACCUAAUGUGGUCGAUGCGACACGAAGCAGAAAUUUAGUGUCAAUAAAAUUGUACUCACAUAAGUCCGAUGAAGGCCUCCGACCAUGUAAGCUAACAACGGUAGAAUAACAAAGCUGGUGCUCCAUAUCUGUAUAGUUAUAUGAUCAAAAUGUCAAGCUAAUAAACAUUUUGACCAAAUUAUUUUUUAUUGAUUCACAACCGUACC